AAGAGGGCAGGGGAGGGGGGAGAAUUCCCCUCUUCGACGCCCCUCCCCCCCACCACGUGGUGACCUGCCCAAUCCUAACCGCACCGCCUUGCUGUUCGCCCUUCUAGAGCUCUGGAGUCGACGGACCUGGGCAUGGGUCCUGCCCUAGCCCGCCUAGGUCGCAUCUGCGAUGAGGCGAACGGCCAGAGGCCAGGCAGGGGUUGUCUUCUUCCCUCUGCCGUUUCUGUAUCUGCUUCCACGUUGGUUCCCUGAUCGGCUCAGUUACUUGGAAGCAUGGCCUGGCGUACAGGACAAUGCAGACAGACAUACGUGUGUGUGCAGCGAAUCACGAUGCAAGUCCGGGGUCAGGACCGCAGCGCCUGUCCGGGAGAGGGUGGGAUGGGACACCACUAAGACAGCAGGCUGGGGAAGCACAGAAAUAAAAAGGCACCCAAGGCGGCAGUGCUGGACGAGGCCUGGGGAGGAGAUAGAGAGAGUGCGUGUGUGCCCGCCUGCGUGUUGUGCACUCACCACCGCUAAGAAAUAUAAAUAUCGCCAAUCACCCCUCCAAUUCUCCCCUCCUUUUCCUCUGGUUCUUCCCCCCCCACCACAACCAUCAGGGUCGCAAAGCCAUUUUUGGAUAUCACCAGACUCAUUCGUUAUUUUUUUUUUUCGAAUAGAUUCUGGGAUAGCCUUCCCGGACCCCUGCCAAUCUUUUUCUUGUGCGUCGACUUUCACCACCAAUUCCUCCACCCUCACCUCCCUCACACCCCCUCCUCCUCCUCUACCCAGAAACACGAAAACCGCCUUUACGCUCUUUUAUAAUCUGUCACUCCCUUCAAUUAUAAAAAACACCUAGGCGGGAAAAACGCGAAAAAGAUUUCCCCUCGGCAUCCCUGAAUCUCACGACACCGUGUCUCGGUUUCUAUCCCUCGUCCACAAAACUACCGCCAAGAUGUUCAAACGCUCGUUCCGGUCCGGGGACCGCGUGGACAAGUCGGCGAGGCUGAAGAAGGCCAACACGGCUCGGGAUGUCCAGAAGCUGGCGAAAAUACAACAGUCGAUUGAGGAACUUGGCCCUGCCAAGAAGAACCUCAACUCCCCCAUCGUCACCCUGACGGUCGGCAAGGAGGCCCGACUUUUCGCAGCCCACGAGGAGGUCCUGUGCCAAUCGCCCUUUUUUGAGAAGGCGUGCCGGGACCAGUACCUCGAGGCGCAGAGCAAGAGGAUUUCGCUUCCGGACGAGGAGCCCGAGAUCUUCUCGGCCGUGCUCGAAUACCUGUACA